CGCCUGUUGGAUUGCUUGGCUUGCUGCCAAAUUUAGUCGUCCUUUACCUACCCAAAAUCUGCCAUCGCAUUCUCAUCUCAAUCUCACCUAUAAAUCUCUCCACCUCCUACCCGCUCCUCAGUUGAUCGCGUCGCCGUUACAGGUCUCCGUCGGCUGCUCUGCGUCCUGCGUAUAGCUGCGCGUGAAUCUGCGGGAGAUGGGCGCGGUGGAGGAGCUCGUGGCGAAGGCGGGCGGGUGCGUGGUGAUCGACGGCGGCUUCGCCACGCAGCUGGAGGCGCUCGGCGCCGACAUCAACGACCCGCUCUGGAGCGCCGCUUGCCUCAUCGCCAGGCCGCACCUCGUCAAGGAGGUUCAUAUGCAGUACCUUGAAGCAGGUGCGGACGUCAUCAUUUCAUCAUCCUACCAGGCAACUAUCCCGGGAUUCCUAGCUAGAGGAAUGACUCUGGACGAGGCAGAAGAUUUGCUGCAAACAAGUGUAAAACUGGCCCUGGAAGCACGGGAUGAAUUCUGGAAGUCUACACUGAGGAAGUCGAAGCCUAUUUACAACCGUGCCCUAGUCGCUGCAUCCAUCGGAAGCUAUGGAGCCUAUCUUGCUGAUGGAUCAGAGUACAGUGGAUCAUAUGGAGCUGACAUCACAACCGAGAAACUGAAGGACUUCCACAGGCGCAGGCUGCAGGUCCUUGCAGGUGCCGGCCCUGACCUGAUUGCAUUCGAGGCCAUUCCCAACAAAAUGGAGGCACAGGCAUUGGUUGAGCUUCUAGAGGAGGAGAACAUCCAGGUUCCAUCUUGGAUCUGCUUCAGCUCCGUGGAUGGCAAGCACCUGUGCUCUGGGGAAAGCUUUGCAGACUGCCUUCAGAUCCUGAACGCAAGCGAGAAGGUUGCUGUUGUAGGAGUGAACUGCACUCCUCCUCAAUUCAUCGAGGGCAUCAUAUGCGAGUUCAGGAAGCAAACGAAGAAAGCGAUUGCUGUUUACCCAAACAGCGGAGAGGUCUGGGACGGGAUAGCAAAGAGGUGGCUGCCGGCCGAGUGCUUGGGUCACAAGAGCUUCGACGCGCUCGCGAAGAGAUGGCAUGAGGCCGGGGCCAGCCUCAUCGGAGGAUGCUGCCGUACCACGCCUUCGACUAUUCGGGCCGUUUCCAAGAUCCUCAAAGGCAGGGCGGGCCAUUGAUUUCUUCAGAAUUGAGAUGUUACACUGCUGCCGGAAUAACUUUCAAAAUAUAAAUUCCUGCAGUUAUGUUUUUCUCUUUCAAUUUUGAACUCAUCGCAUGAAGGUUUAAACAGUUUGUAGUGUUGAGGCGCACUAGUUGAUUCCCCAAACGAGUAGUGUUUAGUCACAAAUUCAGGUAUGAUCUUGACAGAGCUGAUGUUGUUCGGAUACGAUGCUCUUCACCAUAUCAAGAUUAUCAGACUGCAGGAAUCUCUUGUCCAACUAGUAAGUCUUUUGAAGAAAAUACUCGACCUGUACAAUGUGUACUUUUGCAGACAUAACAUAAUGGGCUUAAAAUUAAAAUUUC